CCUCCCGACGAGAGUGGUACUGUCGCCGAAGUACUUUCGUUAUGUGUCGUGUUUCGAAACAAGUUUGACGGUGAAUUAACUUUACGCGCACCUGGAUAUGCGUAGCGAUGUGCAAUCAAAAAGUGACUUUUGAAGAGUGCUAGUUUGAUGUAAAAAUGGUGUUAUUGGGAUUAUUUACUUUGUGGUGGUCGGUGUAUGGUGCCGGUGCAGCUUCGUUGACCAGUCGUGUUGCGGAGGCGCCUCAGGAGUGCGAAUGGCAGCGUGUGUCGGGCGCAGCAGGCGAGCCGACGCGAGUCCAGCUAGCGUGUUCGCUCCGCACCGCCGCCGGCGCGACCGAUCUGCUCGCCGGGCUCAGUGCCUCACAGGCGCAACGCAUCACGGCGCUAGACCUUCACUGCACUGAUAUUCUACUAUUCGAGAGCUCGCUGGACGUGGGCAGAAGAAAAGAGGAAGGAACCGAACUACUAUCCCGAUUCCACAACCUAAAAGAAAUGAAGAUCGAAUCGUGCAAAAUAAGAUACGUUCCGUCAGCUGUUUUGUCACCGCUUAGUGGAUUACGCAGCUUGACAAUCAGAACGCAUAACACCGACUGGUCGGCCAUGUCUAUGGAGUUUCAUCGGGAUUCCUUCCGCGGUCUGACGGACUUGAGAUAUUUAGACUUGGGUGAUAAUAAUAUAUGGAUUUUACCAUCCGAAAUAUUUUGUCCGUUGUAUAAUUUGAAGGAAUUAAAUAUCACUCAGAAUAGGCUGCAAGAUAUAUCGAAUUUGGGUUUUUCUGACUGGGGAAACGGACCAACAGCACCAGGAAAGUCGUGUAAUACAGUGUUAGAGACUCUCGACAUGUCGUACAAUGAAAUAAGUGCUUUGCCGGACAACGGCUUGUCAAGCUUGCGGGCGCUACAAAAGCUAUUUCUUCAAAACAAUAGAAUAUCUUCAGUCGCAGAUCGUGCCUUUGUGGGAUUAAGCGACUUACAAAUCCUUAAUCUGUCAUCAAACGCGCUGACAGCGUUGCCCCCUGAAAUGUUCCAAUCAUCGAGGGACAUUAAACAAAUAUAUCUGAAUAACAACUCCAUCAAUGUCUUAGCCCCGGGAUUAUUAGAAGGAUUAGACCAGUUGCAAAUUUUGGACUUAUCGUAUAAUGAACUUACAAGUGAGUGGAUUAACAGAGACACCUUUUCGGGGUUAGUGAGAUUAAUAGUUCUCAACUUGUCCCACAACCGAAUAACAAAGAUAGAUGCUCUAUUGUUUCAAGAUUUAAAUAAUUUACAAUUUCUGAGUCUAGAAUACAAUAAUAUUGGGAGAAUUGCUGAUGGGGCAUUUUCUAAUUUGAAAAAUCUUCAUUCACUUUCGUUAGCUUAUAAUAAUAUAAUAGAAGUGGAUAGUAACCAUUUUUCGAAUCUAUAUGUUUUAAAUCAACUGUUUCUCGAUGGAAAUAGAAUAACAAAAGUUGAGUUACGUUCAUUCGAGAACAUUACAAAAUUACACGAUUUGGGACUCAGUGGAAACCAGUUAUCUGAAGUACCGGAAGCUAUAAAAACACUAAGAUUUUUAACAUCUCUGGAUUUAGGAAUGAACAGAAUAACAAAGGUUACGACGACACAUUUUGAGGGCUUAGACGAUUUAUAUGGACUGCGAUUGGUUGGAAAUAAAAUAGAAAAAAUAUCAAAGGACACCUUUGUAGCUCUACCAUCCCUGCAGAUUUUGAACUUAGCUUCAAAUAAUAUAGAUCAAAUUGAUGACGGAGCAUUUUCCUCAAAUUUGCAAUUAAAAGCUAUUGGACUUGAUGGCAAUAAAUUAGUAGAUUUGAAAGGAAUAUUUACAAAUAAUCAACCGCUUGUUUGGCUCAAUGUGUCAAAUAAUGAAUUGCUUUGGUUUGACUACAGUCAUAUACCCACGAAUCUUGAAUGGUUGGACAUGCAUGAAAAUAAAAUAGAGAGAUUAGAAGACACAUAUGGAGUUAAGGAGACAUGCAAUGUAAAAAUGUUGGAUGUCAGCCACAACAAGAUAAGAAGUAUUGACGAGUUUUCCUUUCCCAGCAGUAUUGAGACUAUUGUCAUAAACAAUAAUAACCUAGAAAAAAUUAAUCCUGGAACGUUUCUACAAAAAUAUAAUAUCAAUAAGGUGAUGUUGUAUGCAAACAAGAUAAAGACUUUAGAUGUCGGCUCAUUUGCGAUAUCGUCAGUACCGGAAGAUAAAGAUUUACCCGAAUUCUAUAUCAGUGAGAAUCCAUUUGAAUGUGAUUGUACAAUGGAAUGGUUGCAAAGAAUUAACCAAUUAAGCGAACUCAGACAACGCCCUAGAGUAAUGGAUUUAGAAAGCGUUAGAUGCUCUUUGACACACACAAGAAGCGAAUUCGAUGUGCUUUUACUCGAAGUUAAAUCUUCAGACUUUUUGUGUGAGUACGAAUCUCACUGUUUUACUCUUUGCCAUUGUUGUGACUUUGAUGCUUGUGACUGUAAGAUGACUUGUCCAGAUAAAUGUACGUGUUAUCACGAUCUCACCUGGAACUCCAAUGUUGUCGAUUGUUCGAGUGCCGGCUACGAUCACGUGCCGGAACAAAUACCAAUGGAUGCGACCGAAAUUUACUUGGACGGAAACGAUAUAAAAGAACUAGGAAAUCACGUAUUCAUCGGUAAAAAGCGACUGCAAGUAUUGUAUCUCAAUAACAGUAACAUUAACACGUUACAGAACAGAACGUUUAAUGGGAUCGAAUCAUUGAGAGUAUUACACCUAGAAAAUAAUAACUUGGAGGUUUUAAGAAAUACACAGUUUACAAGACUGCCGAAUUUAAACGAGCUAUUUUUAAGUGGCAACAAGAUAAAAGUUAUAGAGAACGAUACAUUCAAUUAUUUACCAUCGCUGGAAUACUUGAACCUCGACAAUAACGGUUACGUCGAUUACAUGCCAUGGAGAGUUAUUACGGAUAACAAUCCACGCACACGUGUCUCUGUGGAUGGUAACAAUUGGGUGUGUGAUUGUAAAGAUGUGGCUCAGUUGAAUCAAUGGCUAAUAAAAAAGUCAAAAGAAACGGACAGCAUGAUGUGCUACUUUGCUCAUGGACAGCCCAUGAACAAAACUAUAUCCACUGUAGCAAAAGAAUGUAAAGUAGAGGUAACUACUGAAGAAACCGGGACGGAAACUCUAAAGCGGCUAUUCAUUGAAUCAAAUGACGGUGUAGAAAAUUAUAUACCAUAUAUUGCGGCAGUAUUGAUCAUAGUCAUUAUACUUUUACUUAUGUGCGCUCUUUUGUUCAUGUUUCGUGAAGAUUUUAAACUCUGGAUGCAUUCAAAGUACGGCAUUAGAGUAUUUAGUUCAACUCCAAGAGACAUGAACGACAACAAGAAUAAACGAUUCGAUGCUUUCUUUGUGUUUAAUCAACGUGACGAAGACUUCGUGACUCGUGCGGUUAGUUCAGAAUUAGAGAAUUUGGGACAUACGUUGUGCUUGCAGCAUCGAGACUUACAAUUGCUCGAAAGACGCUCCAGUGAUAGUCUAGUUAGUGCAGUGGAAAGUUCAAAGCGAUUAGUGAUAGUGCUAUCAAUAAACUUUUUACAGCACGAGUGGUAUUCGCCAGAGUCAAAGGCUGCCGUUCAAAGUGCAAUAAACUCAGUGAACGUUAGGCAUAGGCGGCAAAAGAUAAUAUUCCUAGUGACAACAGACUUAAGUGCCAUUAACAUUGAUCCAGACUUAAAAGUGUUACUUAAAACUUGUACUGUUAUUGUGUGGGGUGAAAGGAACUGUUGGGAAAAGCUAAAUUUUCGGUUACCGGAUGUGGACAUAACCUUGCCCAAUCGGACGCUUCAUAAUGCUAACAACGCAAAGUGUAGUAAUAGGGAGGGGUUCGGGAGGCAUGGGAAUUUGAGAUACACAGCGCCCCCGACUUCUCAUGAUCCUUGGUAUAAGUACGGUAUGUCCCCUCCUAUACUGAUGAUGUCAAGUCCUAUGCAUUCAACGAGUGCCAGUGCGGAGGUGUCUGCCAGAAGCACCGAGGACGAGACGUGUUCUGUGGCCAGCAGUGAAGGUAGACCCGAUGACCGUCUACCUCACCAUCAUAGCUAUGUGUCAAUAGACAACCAUCAAUGCGAGGAGCGACCUUUAAGGCCUCCACAGCAAAUUCCUAUGUCAAAUACUAGGCCACCGAACGUAAGAAAGACUUAUUUUGUAUAAAACUCCCUAUAAUCUUAACCAACUGUAAAUAUUAAUCAUAAUAUUAUGUACAAAAUACACAUAUGUAAAUUAUUACUUAUAUUAAAACUAUGUUGGUGCUGCAAAAUAACGAAAAAUUAAGAAAUUAAUAUUUAUUUCUUACUUACUGUCUUUAUUAAAUUAUAAUAUCUUGAGUACCAGUCAAGUAUAUUUAAUUAAAAUAAUGCAUUUAAUAUAACCUGAUGUCAUGAUCUUUAUUCUAGAAACACAUUCCUUUUAUUUCAUUAAAAGUGAUUAAGUAAAUCGAUAAGGUUCCUGAAUCCUAUUUAUGUAAAUAUUAUCAAGCUAUAAUGACUUAUUUGUGAUAAUUAAGGUACUUAUAUCUGUACUUUAAACAAAUGCAUGUAAAUUGUUUAUUGUAAAUAGCUGAGGUGUUUUGUAAUAAAUCUUUCGAAGAACUGAACUGUACCCUAGUCAAUUGUAAAUAGCUAUUGUAAAUUAUAAAUAAGAAUAUAAUUUGUGAUGUAAUUUUAACUAGAGAAUAAAAACACAACGUAUUUAUUACGCUUCCAAAUGCAGAGUAAAAAAUAAAUUAAUAUUUUGUCUA